AUACUCGGAUGAGCAUUCGUUCUGCAAUGCAGUAGGCUAGCUUCAUAGCCAAGGGAAGAUCACAGAGAAUUUACAAACAAGUCAGUUUCUGAUAAAUACAGCGGUAUCAUGUUGCUUCUUGCUCUCUUUAUCACGACAGCUGUGGCCACCCCCCUGUUGGGGACGGAGCAGUGCGCCCGCGGCCCCCCCUACUGGUGCAAGAAUGUGAAGACUGCCUCCCUCUGCGGUGCUGUGACCCACUGCCAGCAGAACGUGUGGAACAAGCCCCAGAUGAAAUCUGUGCCUUGUGACCUGUGCAAGGAGGUGCUCAUUGUUGUUGAACAGCUACUGAAGGACAAUGCUACAGAGUCUGAGAUCCUGAGCUACAUUGAUAAGGCCUGCACCCUGAUCCCUGAUGAGAGCCUUGCUGAAGAGUGCAAAGAGCUGGUGGACAGCUACUACCCCAUCAUCAUCGGCAUCAUCAAGGGCGAGCUGGAGGAUCCCGCUGUUGCCUGUGGUGCCAUGGGUCUGUGCAACAGCAUGCAGGCCGCCCUGGCCAAAGCCCAGUCCGAGCUCCUGUCCAAUGAGAUCCCCCAGGUGGACCUGUCCCAGAGGGCUGCCCCCUUCCUUUUGAACAUCCCUCAGCUACUCUACCCAGAGGCCCCCAAGCAGGAGGCCCCCAAAAAGGAGAAUGGCGAUGUGUGUGAGGACUGCGUCAAGUUCCUGACCGAUACCCAGGAGCAGGCCAAGAGCAACGCCACUUUUGUCAACGCCCUCAUCGCUCAGCUCGAGAGCCAAUGUGACCUGCUUGGACCAGGCCUGUCUGACAUGUGCAAGCAGUACGUUAGCCAGUAUGCCCCUCUGGUGGUCCAGCAGCUCAUGUCGAUGGAACAGCAACCCCAUGAGAUCUGUGCCCGUGCUGGCUUCUGUGAGUCUGUGGUGAAGUCUGUUCCCAUGGAGACCCUGGUGGCUGCCAAGGUGGUCAAGUCCAUCCCUGCCCUUAAGAUGAUCCCUGCCGUCAAGAUGGUCCCCGCCACUAAAGUGGAGCAGCCCGCUGCAGUCAAGGCUGGCACAAAGAUGGUGCGCGCCCGUGACUCCCCCCAGUGUGCCGUGUGUGAGUUUGUGAUGAAGGAGGUGGAGGACAUGCUGCAGGACCAGCACACUGAGGAGAAAGUGAUUGCCACCAUGGAGAAGGUGUGCUCUGUGCUGCCCAAGACCCUGUCCGCCCAGUGCAAGGACCUGAUUGAGACCUACGGCCAGGCCAUCAUUGACCUGCUGCUGCAGGAGACCGACCCCCAGUCCGUGUGCAUCAUGCUGGGGCUGUGCAAACAGGCUGACCGCCUCUACAUCCCUGUGAUGGACCAGACCCGCUUCGAUAACGGCGGCUUCUGUGACGUGUGCAAAAUGGCCGUGCGCUACAUCGAUGGCAUCCUGGAGCAGAAUGCCACCGAGGCCGAGAUCGAGGAUGCCGUCAGGAAGGUCUGCAACUUCAUGCCCGAGAGUGUCCGCAGUGAGUGUGACCAGCUGGUGGAGCAGUACGAGCCUCUUCUGGUCCAGCUGCUGCUCCAGAUGUUGGACCCCGACUUCGUUUGCAUGAAAGUGGGAGCGUGCCCCGAGGGCCUCAAGCACCUGCUGGGACUGGAGCAGUGCAGCUGGGGACCUGCCUACUGGUGCAAGAACAUGCAGACUGCCACACGCUGUAAUGCGGUGGCUCACUGCAAGCGCCAUGUUUGGAGCUAAAGAGGAGGACCAGCGCCACUGAAACCUGGGAAAUUAAAGGAGAAUUUGUUCUAGUGCUGCUUUCCUGUUUUUAAAAACUAAAACGAUGAUUUUCUUUUUUCCCCCCCCCCUUCCUUCUUUCUUUUUUUUUUUUUUUUUAUCUUAAAAAGGGGAGAUUAGAUUUGAAAUGACCACCACGUAACCAUUUUGGAGCUAACAUAAGCUGAAAACAGGAAGUUUUAAUGAAGGGAUGUCUACACAAGGGGAUGGGGACAGGGCACGUUUCGCUUGGACUGGGUGACUUGAGUUAGUUUCUUUGUGUUUUUAGGUUUUUAUUUCUGUCGCUGUAAUUGCUUCUUGGAUGUGUAAUGAACUAGUGAGACUCGUGCAACACCUUUUUUUUUUUUUUUUUUUUUUUUUUUUUUUGACUGCGCAAAAAACGUCUCCCACAAAUUGCUUAGCCUGGGCUAGGUUAGGGGAACAGGUUGUGCCUUGAUUGCAAAAGGAGGUCUGAGAUCUCGGAAAGCUGAGAUCGUUUGGAUGCCCCAGUAGCCCUGACCCCCCCCCCCCCACCCACACACACACACACACACACACACACCCUGUACCUGUCAAAAUUACACAAAUGGAAGGACCUGCGAGGCCAGUGUUCUGGAUUUAGAUAUCUUUUGUGCUGCUUUUUUUUUUUUUUUUUUUGUCAAGACCAAUCUGGACCCUCCCACCCCACCCCUCAUGAAAUGUGAAAUUGAUCUUUUUGAUUUUUCUGAGCAUUGAUAAAGAAAAGACCGAUUGAUAGGUGGGUUAACUCUGAGGUUUUGUCGUUUAGGGGUGGGCUUUGCACAUGUGAGUUUGUGUUUUAUCUGUGGAUGAAUGGGAAUGUCUGACAUCCCACUUGACUAUUUGGCCACCAAACUGCUCAUUUAAUCUGUAUUUUCUGUACUAGAUGCCGCUUUAGUGCACUCAAUCACUGUUGGCUUCACUUUGUUUGGUCUGAGACAUCUGUAAAGAGAUUUUAAUUGAAUUAAAAAAAACGACUCCAAAUCUA